UUUUCCAUGCUUGGAGGUGUAUUUGGCCUCAGAGGAUAAUGCUGGCACAUGGGAAAGUUGAGUCAGGAGAUCCGCAUCGAGCUGUGGACAUAUAUAUCAGCAGGCAGACGCUAGAUGACAUGGCUAUUGGUUUUCUUUAUCUUCAUCCACUGUACACACUUGCAAGACAUCCCUGAGACCAGCACUGCUGUGCCUGAAAAUACUGUGAGCCAGAUCACCCCUCCUCCCAUUGUAAAACCUGCUGGAGGGACCUCGGCGGGAGGAGGGAGAAAUCUCUCCAAAGAUCCCAUUGCAUUAUUUGUCCCUAGUCAGUCAUUUGAGAGAGCAGGUUUUGCCCUUUGUGGAACAGGCCGCAGGGCCCAGCAGUGAACCUGGAGAAUCCUUGAAGAUCUACAAGAGAUCAGGGCCAUCUGUGCAGAGGUCUUUUGCCCAUGAACCAGUUCUAACACCGGGCAGCCUCCUGCCCAAUCAACAUCCAAGGACUCCCAGCAGAACUGGGGUUUCCACAGACAAGAUCACAUAAUCCCAAGCAAUCUCAUAUGUUUCUGGUGAAUCACUGUGGCACCAAGAGCUGGCUGGAAAAGAGGUGCUUCCUUUGCCCUGGCAUGCCUGCUCGUGCCACUAACCUGCCCAUUUCCCCUAUUGGGACACUGGAGCCUUGGAGCAAAGAAGUGGCUGACCCUCCCAGUCCGAGAGGGCAGUAGUCCUCUCCAUGUGUAUAUCUGUCAAGGACACUCAGGCGCUGCACUUGGGGAAACAAGUGCCUCACUGAGUCUAGUAGAAGAGAAGCAAAAUAAACUGUGGCAUCUUCAUGAGGAAUUAAGCAAAUGGACAGAUUCUGCUCUCUCACGUUGGCCAGAUGCAGCGGGGCAUGGAAUGAACAAUAAGAGGUUAAAUUGAUGGAUGACCAACAAGAUAAGGAUUGUGCCUCAGAAGACCAUGAAACUAUCCUGAUUAAUGGGGUGAAAGAAAAUGAAUCACAUGACCCAGACAGUGAUGAGAAGCCUUGCACUGCUGCAGAUGCUGUGGUUACAUUUUCAGCCUUGACAAUAGCUCAGAAGGAAAAUCAAGUGUGUCACCGAGUGCUGCCUCCUCUGACUUCAAAGAAGCCCUGUUUGUUGAGCCCUCCUUCUCCUCUGAGACUCACUGAUGUACCUGAGCACACUUCAGAUGACUCGUCCGCACAUGCUAUUUCUCUUACAUCUUGUGUUACAAAAGGCAUGAGCUCCUGGUCUCUGCCAGGCGAUUGUGAGAAGGCUCCAUUCACAAUUAUGGAGCCCGGAGGCAUGUCAGCUCUGACUGGUGACUGCUUGAUGCAGCCAAGCCGGACCUGUCUAGGCUGUUUUAUUGAAUCAAAGGACGGCAUUGAUGCAGAGCCGGGAAUAAGCUUGAAAGUGGGUGAUAUAAAUAGGGAUUAUGACACCUGUUCAGUCUCUGAUAUAGGGAUUCACUGCAUGAGCACAGGAGAAACCAUGAGAUAUGGGGAUCAACUGCUUUCAGACCAGCUUUUAAGCUUCCCUAUGCAUAAAUCGAGGGCAGCAGACAAAAGAGAUGCAGAGAAAUCUGACAGUGAUUCAGAGGACCCCACUCAGAAAAAUUAUUACGAGGGAUUACUAUCAGACAAAUGCAAUGGUGAGGAACCUUUGCUAACAAAUCCCAACCAGGAGUGGGGCUAUUUCGAAUCUUUCAUUAGUGAAAGUAAAAUAGAGCUGCUUGACCUUUGCUCCAAAAAUGAGCUUUCUGUAAACCUGUUUUCUGAGGAAGACGUGGAUAAUUACAUGUUUGAUGAUGAUGAUUCAACCUUGGGAAGUGACGUCUGCUCCUUAAAGAUUAGAUAUGAAUCUUUCCAAGACAACGUGAGGGAGAAGACCAACGCCCUGCAAGAGGAUGCCCAGUUCAACUUCUUUCCCAGCGUGUUUGGCAACUGCACUAAAAGGGACAGCAAGAGCAUCCUGAAGAGGGGGGCUGGUGGUGGUGCUGACCCUUCCCAAUUCAAAUCUGAAGAGGGCAUCAUUUGGGGGGAGGAAGAGGAGGAUGGAGAGGAGGAGGUUGGGGAGGAAGGGGAGAAAGCUGCCUUAAAUAAAACUUGCAACAGUACAGAGGUGGUGCAGUAUAUAGGCUCUAAAAGGAGCCACUUCUUGGACUCUGUGAAUUCCACAGAGGACUCUGGGGAGUUCAGCGAUGACAGCACCUGCACGGAGUCCUCGGAUGAUGUGCUGCAUGAUAUAAAGGACUGUAGCAGGUAUCUGUCCAGGGAACAUUCCAAUUCCUUCAUCCAGCAGAACUAUGGGCUGCGGGCAAAGAGGAAAGUGCGAUACAGCGACGAUUAUUUGUACGAUGUGGAUUCCAUUGAGAGUGAGAAGGUUCUGGAUAAGAAAGAGUGGCUCCCGGAUGGACCCAAAGAGGAAGAUGACGAUGAAUGGUGCCCAAAGAAAAGGCGAAAAGUCUCUCGCAAGGAGCCUCCGGUUAUCAUCAAGUACAUCAUCAUUAACAGAUUUAAAGGGGAGAAGCAUAUGCUGGUAAAGCUCAGUAAAGUCGAUGCCAAUGAGACAACUGUUACCCUAAGUGAGGAACUGCUCAGCAAGUAUGAAAAACUGGCCCCACUGAAGGGCUUCUGGCAAGAGAGGCAGCAGAGCCGGAUGGAUUAUCUUAGGUCGUCUCUCUAUCACAAACAGAAUUUCUAUCUUAAUGGCUCGGAUGUCUCAUUCCUCCCUCACCCGAGAAAGCGAAAAUGCAAACUAGCAAACAGGCACAGGAUUCAAAGAAUUAAAGCCAUUGAGCAAUCAGUGAACAAACUGGGUUCCUGCUCCUCUGAUCAGAAGCAGCCUUGCAGCAGUAAAGAGGAUGCAGGCCUGAAAGGGAUGCAGACAUUAGCCAUUGCUACCCCCAGCUGUGCAAACGGAUUACAUUUAAAUGACAUCUCAGGCAUUGCCUCAGUGAAGUACAAAUCACAGGAAAGGGAAUAUAAGGGGACAGAGAGGAAAGUGCUACGCCGAAUCAAAUUCAAAAGUGAAGCCCGGUUGAAAUGCAAGAAAAUCAAAGCUGCCACAAAUACGGGAGAAUUCUCCCCUGCUUUGGAAAAUCAGGACACAGCAGCUAGUUUGAAGGAUGAAAAUAUUCCUUGUGCUUCAGACAGCUCCCAUAUUUCUGAGUGCCAUGAGGAUAAGGUUGCUAAAAAUUCUACUUUCCUGCCAGCCACCUGCUCUCCAGACAAGCCUCUACCACCCGCUAAUAUCACCACCAAUGUACCCCUGAUUCCCGGUGGGUAUCUGCAGACAUUGUUAGAUGCUUCUGAUUUGUCCAGUAACACUGGUAUCUCAUACUUCACCCAGCAUCCCGCUGAACAGCAGCAUUCCCUGCCUAGCAUUGUUCAGGCAGAAAAGCAGUUCUCUGCUCUGCAGACAGCCCAGAGUUGUGUGCUGUCCCCGCCUUCUGAAUCUGAACUGCAGCAGUCACCUGGCCAUUUAGAAAUUGAGCAGAGCAACUUCAAUAGCAUGUGGCCAGCAAACAAGGCUGCCAGCAGCAACCAUCAGGAAUUUGCAAGUGACAUGAGGGAGGCUUCUGCAUUAUCAAAUGAAUUUGGUGGCUCAGCAGGAGCAGACAACCUCCCAGCCUCUGGAUACAGUCAAGUAAAUCUGAAUAGCAGCAAAUUGCUAUACCAAAAAAAAUAUGUGCCGGAUAACCAACAAAUGCAGUCUGAUGAUUCUUAUCAGUCAUGUCAUUUUAAUAAUGGAGAGGGGCGCUUUCAUUUCCAACGAGGUACACUAAGUACAGAUGAUGGCAGACUCAUUAGUUUUGAUUCAGUGGGCUCAUUGUCAGUUAGUUCGAGCAAUUACAGUUCUUUAAGUCUAAAGUCUUGUGAAAAGGACGGCGAAGAUGAUAUUAAUGAUGAUUUCUUGGCCCAUUGCAGUCCCAAGAUAGUGAUCCAACAAAGCAUAGAUGAAAUAACCCCUUUGAAAGAGUCUACGGACCUUUUAGACAUCUCCAACUUCACACCUGAUAAGUUCCGUCAGUCAUCGCUUUCGGAAAUGUCUCCUCCUGACACCCCCAACCUUUCCCCUCAGAUAACCGUGUCAGAUACCAAAUCGCUAGGCAAUCUGAAAGGUUUUCAGGAGACCACUCAGACUGUGCUAAGCAAUACUGAUAAGGUCAAGUGGAACUGUGGGGUUCUCCAGACCCAAGAUCAGGCAGAUAAUGGCUUUACUUUAAAUAAUCAUCAGUUUCAGUUCCAUAUGUUCAAUGAUGAAGAUUCUGUUAGCCUCCUUGAAAAAAGUCCAUGCUUGUCAACAUUUAAUGAGCCAUCUGGUCAAAUUAGCGCCAAUAGCAAAGUGUCAAAAUCUAAGAGGAAAAGUGCAUCCAGCAAGAAUGUAGGUACAAACCAAAGUUCUCCCCAGAAAAACACUAGGAAAAAAUCUCCUAAAACUAACAAAGGAACUGAUAAACCACAAAAUAAGAAUUCCAGGCAGACUCCCAAGUCAACAAGGAAAGGGAAAAAUGCAGCUGGAGUCAAUGGUGAAAAGGCUCAAGCAGUUGGCAGCAGGACCGUCAAUCAGUUAAAUAAUACAGCCUCAACAACAAAGGCACUAGCUGAAUGCAUUCAGCACCGCAGCCCAACCUCUGUAAAGAUAGGGAAACAUAAUGGACUAUCUGGUGAAUGGUCACUAAGAAAAGACAAUAGCACAGGCUGGUCCGAAACUAGUAUAGCAAACACGAACAACCUCCUUGAUGAUGAUCAAAGGGAAUUUGAGGAACCUUCCAAUAUUUUAUCUAACAUUGCAUCUGGAAUGGCAGAUGUUCAGAGAUUUAUGAUGGCCUCAAUUGAACCCUUGUGGGGGCCUGUAGGCCAUAACAGCGUCCCAGAUAUAUUCCGGUCACCUGAAUCUAACAGCCUGAAAUUGAAAACUCUUAAAAUUUUGGCAGGGACAUCACAAGAGUCCAAGAAAAAGGGAAAUGGUAAUUCCCCGGGAACUGCGAAGAAUCACAAGUCAAGCAACAAGGGCUCAAGCAAAAAUAAUGGCAAAGCCACAACUUGUGAUCCCAGUCACCCCAACUGUUCAACUGGGUACAAUAUAGACAUUCACUCUCCCUUUUUUGAUAAAAGCUAUAGUAACCUGAGCACUUUAGGCAAUAAUGGACCUACCCAUAAAAAGCUGUACCGUCAUAAAUCAAGUUCUAAGUCACUGAGGGAUGAGAACUGUAAAGUAAAGCGAACAGACCGUGAACAGACCCAUAAGGACCCAUCUGUGACAGCUUCUUUUGAAAAACUGAGGGAAUCAGACUACAUUCUUCUUAAAGCAGAAACAACAUUUUUGGUUUUACCUGUGUUUGAAGAAGAGACUCCUUUUUCUAGAAAGACAUUUGAUGUUUGGUUUUUUUGGUUUUUGUUUGUUUCUUUCAAAAUAUGCCUUGUGGUAUGUUGAAAUGUAAGUGCUGAAAUGAAGAGUUUGAAAUUGUGGGAAUUUAUUCUUUGAAAGCAAACCUAAUCUGGUAUUCUCUGUGAAAGACUUUUAAAAGUCAUACUGUUGUACAGUAGUUUAUGCACUAUUACCCACAACAACAACAAAAAUUGUGCCAAACUAUGAACAAGUGACUGUAUUGUACAUAUUUUUACUUCUCUAUCAACAUUGGGUUGUGAGUGUUUUCUGGAACUAUGCCUUUUGAUUUACUACAAACAUUCCAGUGAUUAUGUAUUAACCACCCCCUUUGAAAGCACCUGUAACUCACAGUGAAAAUGAUGUUGUUCACUUAUACAACUUACCAAAAGUUUUAUGGACAUAACUAAAAGUGUGCCAAAUUUACUUACCUCAUUUCAUGGAUUUGCCCUGUGGUUUAAAGCUCACAAAAAAAAAAAAAAGAACUUUAAAA